UUAGUGUAAGUAGGAGGAAGUGAGAAGGUUGAUGUUACUGGAAUUUCCAAAGAGGAAAAAGUGAGACGCAGGUCCCACUAUAGAAGUGUGAUAAACAUCAGAAACUGUAAUAUUCAAAUACUGACAUACAGGAAGCUAAACAGAAACAGCUGCCUAUAUGUACGGUAUUAAAGAGUCAACAGUGUUUCAUUAUGUUCAGUCUAUGUGAGCAGAACAAGGAGAAACAUCAAAAAGAUGCAGUGGACUCUGGUUCUAGUGGUUCUGAUGGGUCAGUGCUCCUUUUCCACAUGUUCCCUGUAUCAGUACCACUUUAUUAGAGAGAACAAGACCUGGUAUGAAGCUCAGACGUACUGUAGAGAGACAUAUACAGACCUGGCCACAGUGUCUGACAUGACAGACAUGAGGAGACUCUGUAGCUCUACACAGAAUCAGGAUGAAGCCUGGAUUGGUCUGCACAGCUACAAAGGAAGAGAGAACAGGACGUGGUACUGGUCUCUGCCAGGACUGGAGUUUAAUGACAGUGAUACUAGAUGGCAGAGUGGAGAACCCAAUGAUGGAGGAGGGAAUCCACCCGAGAACUGUGCUCUGAUGGACAGUAAACAAUGGCAGGAUUAUCCUUGUAAAGAUGAUCAUCCAUUCAUUUGCUACAGUGAAACACAACAAUCAAACACCACAUUUCAUUAUAUUGAUACAAAAAUGACUUGGCCUCAGGCUCAGAAUCACUGCAGACAUCAUUACACAGACCUGGUCAGUGGACUGGACCAGUUGAAUCACACUGUGGUGUAUGAGUCAAAAAUGUGGAUCGGUCUGUUCAGAGACACCUGGAGGUGGUCAGAUGGGAGUAACUCCUCCUUCAGAAACUGGGAAAGUCUUGGAGAUUUGGUUGAUGGACAAAGUGACAAGACAUGUGCUACUGUGUUAAACACAGCAGGAACAUGGAGCUACGACUAUUGUGAUAAACAAAAACCCUUCUACUGCUAUGGAGAUAAACUGAUCCUGAUAAACAAAAGUCUGACCUGGGUGGAGGCCUUGAAUCACUGCAGAGAGAAACACCAUGACUUGGCCUCAAUCACUCAUGAGCACCAACAGAAAUGGGUUGAAGCAAGACUCAAGAAGGCCUCAACUGACUUUGUGUGGCUGGGACUGAGAUACACCUGCACUCUGGGUUUCUGGUUCUGGGUCAGUGAUGAGGUGGUCGACUAUCAGAACUGGGCCUCAAAUGUAACGAGUGAUGACUGUGACAUGUCUGCAGCCAUAAACACAGGAAACAAUAAGUGGUUCAAAAGACCUGAUAAUGACACAUUUAAUUUCAUCUGUACUAAGAAAUAACACCUACACACACACCAGUGAAUUUGUGGUAAGUCACACUGUUUUCAAUCAGGCAUUACUUUAAAAGCAUAAUUUCUUUACAGUAUGGCAAAACGUAGGAGUUUGAAGAACCUGCUUUCAAGCGUAGUGACAAAGACCACUAUAAAAAACAAUAAAUGUUUAGCACGAAGGUGAGAAGGCUCUCCCCCCCAACCACAGCUCAGAGGACCCCUAAUCAAAGGCCACCUCAACAACCCAUCCCCCACAUCCACAGCCGUCUCCAGAAAUUUCCCCAGGAUCCUGAUAAUAUCUAUUUAAGAUGCUGUAAUGGUGUUUUAUAUAUGUGUUCAUAAUUGUACUCAAGUACCAAAUGUUAAAAAACAUAAAACUACUUUAAGAUUCUGUAUAUAAAUCUAAAAUAAAAAUGAUGUAUGUAUGUAUGUAUGUAUGUAUGUACAGUACAGUAUGUAUGUAUGGUUUCCUCAGGGCUGCUGAACUACUGAAACCACUACGAAAAUCUGUCAGUCAGUGCAUCACAACAGCUCAUCAUACUGUACAUCAUAAUAAUAUUAAUUGAAUUUCCCUACUGUGGGAAAAAUAAAGUUCAUUAUUAUCAAGUAACUGAACUAACACAGUAUAUAGGACCCAAAUACACAGCUCAGGGAUGAGGUUUAUACUGAAGCUCUAACGCUCUUUGGUUAGUCAGACAUGCAGAGGUGGAUACACAGGAAGAGAGAGCCAACAGCACAGCAGGGAUCAGAUAAUCGGUAGUCAGUUUCAGGCAGUGGUCAAAACAGCAAAGCAGUGACUACGUACAAGAAAAACAGGAAGCAGGAAAGACAGGGUCGAGACAAAAACACAGUUCAGUACAUGGUUCAAAUGUACAGUGCUGGAGCAUUGGCAUGUAACACAUAACAAUCUGGCAAAGAACUGGAGGUGAGUACAGGCCUAUAUACAAAGUGCAAUGAUCAGGAUCCAGGGUGCAGAAUGUAUGACAAUUAUCCUUUCUUCAGAUUUGUAUUGGCAUCUGUAUUUAAAGCUCAGCUAAAGCUGAAAACUGCUGAUGUGCUGCCACCUGUUGGCGGCCUCCUCUUCUAAAGUAACAAUAAAUUCAAAGUAAUAAACAUAAUGUUUUUUGUCCCCUCUUGACUGUCAUGAAUUCGUUUUGUACAGAGUUGCCCAAACAUGGAUUUAUUUAUUUUUUUAUUUGAGGUGGAUGCAAUUUUUAUUCCUUGGUAAGGUAGGCAUAUAACUUUUACGUGCAUACACAAAUAUAGUAAACUUUGGAUAUAUACUUUAUUGUGUUAUACUGUAUGUCUGGUCCGUGCAUGAAGUGCAACUCAUUAUUCAUGUGUAAAACGAAAAUUGAAUAACGACUUUUUAUGCUGUGUUUCGUUUCCGUAAAUCGGUAAAACACAUUUGCGAUAUACUGAUUUACUCAUUCUCCUUUUCUCCACUUUCAAAACGAAAUAAGAAAAAGGGAAACCGGGGGCGGGGCCAGUCGCCGGACUUUCACAAUAAAACGCCCACGAGCAUUUGAAGCGCAACAUCGGCAAAUAUUUGUAACUCUUGAAGGAUU